GCGGCAGGCAACGUUUCGGGAAACCUCUGCUCAUGGGCGACCGAUCGCUCACGGCGCAGUGCGGCAGCGCCAAGAGCGUCGUCGUCUGCAUUGUGGGCGCUAACGACCGCCAGGUCAACUUGGCGCCAAGUGCGAAUGGCAGCCUCACGGUCAAAGAGCCGUUCCAGAUACUGCAGGCGCUGUCGCCCAAAGUGGCUGCCUACACGCUCAACGACGACGGCGUCCGGCGCGUGAACCCGUCAUUAGGCGACAACUUGCCGUCGAGCGCCCAGCUCACGUCCUUGAGUCUCCAGGGCAAUGUGCUGGAUGGCGCGCUCAACAUGGUUCAGUGGCCGCCGUCGCUUACGACGCUGGACCUCUCGGGCAACCGCAUUGGCUUUGUGAACGCCUCGUUUGUCAUCCCGUCCAAGCUGCGCACGCUCAACUUGUCCAACAACAAGAUCGCGUCGAUUGACCGACUGCGCAUUCCGUCGACGCUUCGCAUCCUGUGGCUGGCCGACAACCCGAUCACGACCUUCAAUGUGGACGCAGCCUCGUUUACGUCGCUGAGCGAAAUGAGUCUUGUUGCGGAUGAGCCCAUCGUGCCGACGAGCUGCCGCGGCCAGCUCCGCACGUUCAAAGGCGCGCCGGACGCAGAGACGCAGCAAGCGCUCGUGCACUCGGUGUGCGUCGUCUACGACGACGCGGUUCCCGUCGACACGAGCAGCAGCAACGGUGCCAGUUAUCUGCAAACGAUUGACCUCACUGCUGCGCUAGUGGCCGGCGGCGCCCAGUCCCCGGGUCGCGAAGAUGCCCCCGCGGGCUUGUACGUUGGGAUUGGCAUCGGUGUCGGUGCCUUGGUUGCCUUGAUUGCUUACUUGUUCUGUCGCCGCCGGGGCCGAGGGUCGUCGGGCGAGAAGCCCUACCACAGCUUGGAGACGCCUCCGCUCGAAGCGACGUCGCGGGGCAGCUCGUUCGAGCGCCAUCAUAAUCAGCAAGAGCACGACAUUGCGGUGUCGACCGGGAGCUCUUCGGCAAGCUCGGCAUUUUCGUAUGACCUUCGGUCGGACAUUGAGUUGGACGCGGCGAGGAUUCCCAAGAAGGAGCUUUUGCACAAGCGCGUGUGCGGCAGCGGCGGCUUCGCUGUCGUGUACAAGGCGACGUUCCAGGCCCAAAUCGUCGCUGUCAAGGAGCUUCAAGCCGUCCACGCGCGCCAGUCGAUCUACAUUCAGGCGUUCAUGCACGAGAUCAAGAUGUUCUCGACGCUCAACCACGACAACAUUGUUGCGUUCGUCGGGGUGUCGUGGACCACGCUGCACGACUUGGCGCUCGUCACCGAGUUUUUGCCCAACGGCGACCUCCGCGAGCUGCUCUCGCACGACGCGACGGCCCAAGCGCUGCAGUGGACGGUAGCGUCGUCGACGUACCCCGUCUCCAAGCUGCAGAUGGCGGUCAACGUCAUCGAUGCCAUCACGUAUCUGCACUCGUUCGAGCCCAAGAUCCUCCACCGCGAUCUCAAAUCCCGCAACAUUCUCCUCGACGGCUACUACGUCGCCAAGCUCACGGACUUCGGUAUCAGCCGGUCCAUGAUCGACGAGACCAUGACGAUGGGCACGGGCACGACGGCGUGGGCUGCGCCCGAAGUGCUCCUCCACGACGGCCAUUACAACGAAAAAGCCGAUGUUUACUCGUUUGGCGUUGUCCUCUCGGAGCUCGACACGUGGCACGUCCCGUACGCGUCUACCUCGUCGUCGCAGCCCAUGUCGGCGGUGCAAAUGGCGCUGCUUGUCUCCACCGGCAAGCUCACGCCGACCUUCCGCGACGACUGCCCGCCACCCGUGCGCGUGCUUGCGGAGCAGUGCUUGACGAUGGACCCAAGUGGCCGACCGACAGCGUCGCAAGCAGCGUACGAGCUCCGCCGAUACAUGCGGUCGCUGCCGUCCGCGCCCGGCGAGGACUCGUAAGAACCGCGACCUACUCAUAAUCCUCAGCGUAUGGUUUGGCCGAAGCACGUAACACAUUGACCUUUUUUCUCGUGC